AUGGGGCUCGGCAGCUAUUUCAAGGCUAAAAAGCCUGAGGAGGCGGCCGCCGCCUCGGGGUCGGCCCCGACGCCGGCUCCUCCGCGCAUCCAGCGCAAUCAGCCCUCCGCCCUGUCGGAGAAGCAUCCGUCGUCGACCAUGAGCGGCAAUGACAUGGAGCUGCAGCCUCCGACUCCCCGGUUUCACUCCCGCCCACAGUCGAGCUCUGGACGCUCGACGCCCUCAACACGCAGCUCCAUGUUCCUCGACGACAUCAAGCACGAGGUCAUGGUCAAUUACCUGUAUCAGCAGCAGUGUUCUCAACUCUGGGUGAGCGACGGCUCGGGCGAGAUUGAAGGAGUUCUUCUGCGAAAGGCCCGCGGCCACUACAUGGCCUGUCCCCCUCAGCUCGGCAGUUCGCCGUUUGCCAUGGCCUGCGCCGCCAUGAACGUCCAGUGCUCCAUGACUGUCAACUCUCGAGUCAUUAAGACAUUCCUCCAGUGGUCUCCCGAUGCCGUGGAUGUACCCCUGAUGAACGGUCUGCGGGUCCAGAUCCUGCCCACCAUCGACGACCUGCCUCGCGCGCGAAAGCACCAAUUCGCCGCUUUUGUGGCCUCGGAGGGCCUGCUCAUCGUAUGGGACGACGAUCCCCUUCACCUGGUUCAGCGCGCCAAGGCCAUCGAGUCCGAGCUCAUGGAACUCGUGUGGAAGGCCGGCAACAUCGACGAGGAAGAGGAUGAGAAGCGAGGCGGCGCCGUCGCAGAGGCCGAAAUCGACGAGGAGAGCGGCGAGAUCAAGCCCGAGAAGCGCCCUAUCCACCUGCAAAACACGGUUCUCGUCUCCAUCACGCUCAUCCUGGUCACCGUCUCCCUUGGCGCAGCCUGGAGGCAGCUCGCCAUCGAGGUGUCUGUUGACGGCGACUACACUCGUCUCGGCUUGGUCGCCUUGGCCCCCAUCCAGAUCUUCUUCACCCUCUUCUUCGCCCAGGUUAUCGUCGGUUGUCUGGCACAGAUCUUCGGCCCCAUCCGUCAGCUCACCAUCAACUCCAAGUUCUACUCGGCUCGCCCGCCGCCUCGGCUGCAGAGUGCGGUCCUCCCUCACGUCACCAUUCAAUGCCCGGUGUACAAGGAGGGCUUGCAAGGCGUCAUCAUUCCCACCGUCAAGUCCAUCAAGCAAGCCAUGUCCACCUAUGAACUUCAGGGUGGCUCGGCCAACAUGUUCAUCAACGACGAUGGGUUGCAGCUGAUCUCCGAAGAGGACCGCCGAGCUCGCAUCGAGUUCUACGCCGACAACAGCAUCGGUUGGGUCGCCCGCCCCAAGCACGGCGAAAACGGCUUCCUCCGGAGGGGCAAAUUCAAGAAGGCUUCCAACAUGAACUUUGCUCUCAUGAUUUCCUGCAAGGUGGAGGAGAAGCUCCAGGCCAUCAACCGAUCGCCUGAGUGGAGUCAGCACGACGAAGCACAAGCCUAUGAGCAGGCGCUGAAGGAGGUUCUCGAGGAGGAUGGCCGUGCCUGGGCCGACGGCAACAUUCGCGUCGGCGACUACAUCCUGCUCAUCGACUCCGACACCCGUGUUCCUGCCGACUGCUUCCUAGACGCUGUGUCUGAAAUGGAGCAGUCCCCCGACGUCGGCAUCAUGCAGUUUUCCUCGGGCGUCAUGCAGGUUGUGCAUACCUACUUCGAGAACGGCAUCACCUUCUUCACCAAUCUCAUCUACUCUGCAAUCCGAUACACCGUCUCCAACGGCGAUGUUGCUCCUUUCGUCGGCCACAAUGCCAUCCUCCGCUGGUCUGCUAUUCAGCAGGUGUCGUACCAGGAUGAGGACGGAUACGACAAGUUCUGGUCUGAGAGCCACGUGUCUGAGGAUUUCGACAUGUCGCUGCGACUGCAAGUCAACGGCUACAUCAUUCGACUGGCCGCCUGGGCCGGCGAGGGCUUCAAGGAGGGUGUGUCGCUCACCGUGUACGACGAGCUGGCCCGCUGGGAGAAGUACGCGUAUGGCUGCAACGAGCUUCUCUUCCACCCGAUCCGCACCUGGCUUUGGCGCGGGCCUUUCACACCCCUGUUCCGUCGGUUCCUUUUCUCCAACAUCAGAUUUACCUCCAAGAUCACCGUCAUCUCCUACAUCGGUACCUACUACGCCAUUGGCGCGGCGUGGAUCAUGACGGCCGCCAACUAUUUCCUGAUGGGCUGGUUCAACGGAUAUCUCGACAAGUACUAUGUCGACUCGUGGCAGGUGUGGUUCUCCAUCAUCAUCGUCUUCAACGGUCUCGGCAACGUCGCGCUUGCGGUCAUGCGCUAUCGUAUCGGUGAGCGCAGCUUGCUGUACGCUCUCUUUGAGAACUUCAAGUGGACCAUCAUGCUGGCCAUCUUCCUGGGCGGCCUCUCGCUGCACGUCAGCCAGGCCUUGUUGGCGCACAUGUUUGAGAUUAACAUGACUUGGGGUGCCACAAGCAAGGAAGCCGAGUUCUCCAACUUCUUCAUUGAGGUGCCCAAGGUGCUGAAGAAGUUCAAAUUCUCGAUGCUCUUUGCUCUGCUCUUCAUUGCCGGCAUGAUCAUCCUUGCCGUCGCGCCGUUCGUUCCACACGACUGGCGCAUCACCGACUUUGUCGCCAUUCUGCCCAUGGCUACUGUGGCCGCUAGCCACUUCCUCCUGCCACUGGCUCUCAACCCCGCCCUCAUGACCUUCUCCUGGUAG